CAAAUCUUAGAGAGAGAAAGAGAGGGGGAGGGAGAGGGAGAGCUCCAAAGCUCAACCGAGGAUCAAGAAAAACAACCAAAAUAAACAAACUGUACAUUCCUGACUGAGAGCCCAUAAAUCAUCACCAUCACUCUUCCUCGUCAAUUUUUUUAUUUUUUAUUAUUAUCAUCAUUCAAUGGCUGUUUCCCUGUCCAAUUACACUCUCUUAGCUCCUCCUCGCCUCUCUGCUUCUUUUUCUUCAAAACCCUCCAAAACCCUAGAAACCAAAACCCCAUCACCUCUCCACCAAAUGCCCCUCCGUCUAUGCAAACCCAUCAACGCCUCCCUUCCCUCCAGCUCCUCUCCAAUCCCAAUCAACAACGUUAAAAGGCGUUCUUUGAAGACUUAUCUCGCACCUGAAGACUCUGCACCCACUACGAAUGGGAAGGAUGAGAAUAUUGAGAUCCAAGAAGGUCAGAAACGAGGACCCGGUUUAAAGAACCUUAUGAAAACUUACAGGCAGGCUAUUUUUUACGGAGAUGAGAAGACUAUAUUGGAUAUUGAAGCUAAGGUAGGCACCAUAGAAAAAGAGAAUCAUGAAUUUCUCCAGAAAGUUUCAUCUUUAUCCGCUGAGAUAACCUCUGGGAAGGAGAAAUAUAUUCGCUUGCAAGCAGAUUUUGAUAAUUUUAGGAAAAGGUCAGACAAGGAGAGGGUCAAAAUUAGGAGUGAUGCCCAGGGAGAAGUGAUCGAGAGCCUUCUUCCCAUGGUGGACAGUUUUGAGAGAGCAAAGCAACAAAUACAACCGGAAACAGAAAAAGAAAAGAAAAUUGAUUCAAGUUACCAGGGUAUAUACAAGCAAUUGGUGGAUAUUAUGAGGAACUUGCAUGUGGCUGCAGUGCCAACGGUUGGAAAGCCUUUUGAUCCUUCUCUGCAUGAGGCCAUUGCCCGAGAAGAGUCUCAAGAGUACAAAGAGGGCAUUAUAAUUCAAGAAUUCCGUCGUGGAUUUCUCAUUGGGAAUCGGCUAAUAAGACCAGCAAUGGUUAAAGUUUCUUCUGGGCCUGGAAACAAAAAAUCCUCAGUGGGUACCGAGAAACGUGCUGAGCAACCUGCAACAGCUGCUGGAAUGGACUAGCGAUAUAAUUGCUGGGCAAGCAAGUUUUGAAAAUGAGUAUUUCCUUUGACUUGCCGUCAUGUGGUUAUUGUUUAUCAGUUCCGAAACUUUUGUUGUUGAAUCAAUUCAUGUUUGCCCAGGUGAAAAAAAUAAAAAAUAAAAUCAUCCCCUGGCGUUGAGACUGUAGAAUUCAGUUUUUAUGUUAUAAACUUCUAGGAGACAUUUGGGCUCAGGAAAGGGCAACAAAGUCUUCUUGACACGUGUAUACAAUCACAAUGCGUUAACCAGUUGGUUCAUCGCGUGGAAGUGCAACUUUCGUUUAAUCUGUGUUUAUGCCAGCGCGUUUUACUAUUUGCACUGCAUU